AUGGGGGCUGGGGCCAGCGCGGAGGAAAAGCACUCGAGGGAGCUGGAAAAGAAGCUGAAAGAAGAUGCUGAGAAGGAUGCCCGCACUGUGAAACUGCUGCUUUUGGGUGCCGGUGAGUCUGGGAAGAGCACCAUUGUCAAGCAGAUGAAGAUUAUCCACCAGGACGGGUACUCGCUAGAAGAGUGCCUCGAGUUCAUCGCCAUCAUCUACGGCAACACGCUGCAGUCCAUCCUGGCCAUUGUGCGCGCCAUGACCACGCUCAACAUCCAGUACGGGGACUCUGCGCGCCAGGACGAUGCACGGAAGCUGAUGCACAUGGCCGACACCAUCGAGGAGGGCACGAUGCCCAAGGAGAUGUCGGACAUCAUCCAGCGGUUGUGGAAGGACUCGGGUAUCCAGGCCUGUUUCGAGCGCGCCUCAGAGUACCAGCUCAACGACUCCGCGGGCUACUACCUCUCGGACCUGGAGCGCCUGGUAACGCCAGGCUACGUGCCCACUGAGCAGGACGUGCUGCGUUCGCGCGUCAAGACCACCGGCAUCAUCGAGACGCAAUUCUCCUUCAAGGACCUCAACUUCCGGAUGUUCGACGUGGGCGGGCAGCGCUCGGAGCGCAAGAAGUGGAUCCACUGCUUCGAGGGGGUGACCUGCAUCAUCUUCAUCGCGGCGCUGAGCGCCUACGACAUGGUGCUGGUGGAGGACGACGAAGUGAACCGCAUGCACGAGAGCCUGCACCUGUUCAACAGCAUCUGCAACCACCGCUACUUCGCCACCACGUCCAUCGUGCUCUUCCUCAACAAGAAGGACGUCUUCUCUGAGAAGAUAAAAAAGGCACAUCUUAGCAUCUGCUUCCCCGACUACGAUGGGCCCAACACGUACGAGGACGCCGGCAACUACAUCAAGGUGCAGUUUCUCGAGCUCAACAUGCGUCGCGACGUGAAGGAGAUCUAUUCCCACAUGACGUGCGCCACCGACACACAGAACGUCAAAUUUGUCUUUGACGCUGUCACAGACAUCAUCAUCAAGGAGAACCUCAAAGACUGCGGCCUCUUUUGAGGUGGGCGCCUCCCAGCCCAGAGGCCUCCCUGUCGUGCCCCUUGGUCUGAAGACCCUAGCCCCAGCCCAUUUCGCCACAGGCCACCCAC